GACGAAGAAGAAGAUGGAGGCGAGUCUGUAAGAUUAGGGUUUAUACGAUUCUAGGAGGAAGAAACUAGACGACGAGCAAGAGGAAGCUGCGUUUAUCUGGAAGAUUUAACAAUGGCACAAGAUUCAGAGAAGAGAUUUCACCAAAUCAUGGACAAGCUCUUUACCCCAUCGAAAUCUCAGCUUCCUUCUUCCUCCACCAGUUCUUCUGUAGAGCAACAAUCAAGAGGCAAGAAGCGUCCAAAUCCUUCAUCUGCGUUAGCAUUGGUUGAGCCAAAGACGGUAUUAGCUACCAUUGAUAGGUCUUCAGCUUUGAAGGUUCCUGCUGGAACAUCGCCGUCUGGUCUUUGUAGGCCGUGGGAUAGAGGAGAUCUUAUGAGGAGGCUAGCUACUUUUAAGUCCAUGACUUGGUUUGCCAAGCCCCAGGUUAUUAGUGCGGUAAAUUGUGCGAGGAGAGGGUGGGUGAAUGAUGAUGCAGAUUCUAUAGCUUGUGAAUCUUGUGGAGCUCAUCUUUACUUUUCAGCCCCAUCUUCUUGGUCCAAGCAACAAGUGGAGAAAGCGGCAUCAGUCUUUAGCUUAAAGUUGGAUAGUGGACACAAAUUACUUUGUCCAUGGAUAGAGAAUUCAUGCGAAGAAACGCUUUCUGAGUUUCCUUCAAUGACACCGCAGGAUUUGGUAGAUAGACACGAAGAACGGUCAGAAGCUUUACUUCAACUUUUGGCCCUUCCUGUUAUUUCACCAUCAGCCAUUGAGUACAUGAGGAGCUCAGAUCUGGAGGAAUUUCUCAAACGACCUAUUGCACCUGCCAGUAGUGACACCGCAGCAGAAAGCUCUCAAACAGAAUCCCUUAUCAAUCAUGUUGGAGCGAGCCCGGCUCAACUUUUCUACCAGGCACAAAAACUUAUCAGUUUAUGUGGCUGGGAACCGCGGGCACUUCCUUAUAUUGUGGAUUGCAAAGAUAAAUCGAGUGAGACCGCUAGGGGUAUAGAUACUAUUGAUUUACUGCCAGAAACUGCUACCCGCGAGCUUCUAAGCAUCUCUGAUUCAACCCCAAUUCCAGAUGGAGUAUCAGGGAAUAAUGAGAACCCAACACUUCCUGACACAUUAAACUCUGAUCCGAGUUCUGUUGUACUUGACUGCAAGCUCUGUGGGGCCUGUGUUGGUCUAUGGGUUUUCUCAACUGUUCCAAGACCACUAGAAUUGUGUAGAGUCACUGGUGAUACCGAAAUUAGUACAGAGAAACAUCCCAGGGGUGGUACUCUUCAAAAUCAACCUUCGAGCUUGAAGUUUACCAUAGCAGGAGGACCCCCAGCAACAAAACAAAACUUCAAAGCAACAAUAUCGCUGCCUAUUAUCGGGAGGAACUUAAGGUCAAGAUUUGCUUCUUACUCUAGAGAUCAUGAUCAUGGGGAUGUCAGUUCUAUUCAGGAUCAACAGAGUAAAACUGCAGAGAACAACGGUGAUGUUACACAAAAUAGCGAUCAAGUGAUGAAUGAUAUAGGAGAGAAGGCUGAUGGAGGAAGAAACUCAGCUGAUAUAGAGAGUGAUAUUGCACUACAAAACAAAGACAAACAAAUGAUGGUAGAAAGGUCAAAUCUUCCUGAUAACAACAAACCAAAGGAUUCAACUGCAGGAAAAUCAGUGACAUCAAACAAACAGAUGGAAUUUGAUCCAAUCAAGCAACAUAGGCAUUUCUGUCCUUGGAUCUGGUCAACGGGUAGAAGAGGUCCUGGAUGGCGACAGACUCUGUCUGCAUUACAACGCCAUAAAGGAUCUUGUCAGACUCCACCGACACCCUCUUCCCUGUUCAAGGUAGAUGAUCCGUUAACAUCUGUUCGGAACCUAUUUAAGUCGCCAUCCCCCAAAAAACGAAAACUGAACGGAGGAUCUUCAAGCUGAGACACCAGACGAUUUUGUUCCUGAAAAAACUUGAGCCCUCUUGGUCUACACUGUAUCCGAAAUUUCGGAACUUGAUAAAACUGUAACAUUCAU